UAUGUUGUGGCUCAUGAGCGACAUGCAGGUUCUCCUUGUCUGAAAUGUGGGCCUGAAGUUUGUAUUGGGGGACUGGACUUGCAUUUCUGGAGGUGAGGUUUUAUUUUGUUAUUUUUUGUGUGUUUACAACUAUUUUUAGUUCCAAGUCUCAACGAUUUCAACUCUCAAUUUGCAACUAAAAGCGGUUAACGACAAAAAUUCAAGCGAGACAGCUAUGAAUAGAGUGUGAAAGAGUGCUAGAAAACACUCCCGCUAACCUCGACGAGAAUGAAACAGAUGGCCUACAAUAAAGACGUUUAGCUCUCUUUACUUUUUCUAGUGGUUCUAGACUAGAUCUUAUUGGGGGGGGGGGGUAAGGCUGUGCAGGGAAGGCUUACUAAAUUUUCACGUCCUUUGCGUAUUAGAUACUCUUAUCAAAACUAAUGAUAAUAGUAUACAUAAAAUUGAAAAUCAGGUUUUUACAUCGGUAGGUUUUUGGUAUCACCCAAAACGUGAUUUUCAAUUUUAUGUACUAGGAAAUUUUGUUUUCGUUAUAGAAAAAUUUGCAAAACGUGUAAGUGUGGUGCUGCAGAUCAUGAUAUUAAAAGUGAUGAAGAUUUUACUCAUCAGUUAAUUUUACGUGAUAUACAACAGUUAGUCACAGGUCCUGAUGGAUGUGGCAUUGUCAAAGAUAACAUUAGAAAGUUUCGUUUGGCAAGUACUGGUUCAGAACCUGAUGUUUUUCCCAAAGGAAACUUUUUAUGGGUCCCAUCUGGAGUAACAAAAGAAGUG